UUGAUAGAUAUAUGGCUAACUUUCUGGAGGAAUAACUUUAUCAUGAAUCAAAGGAGUUGCUUAUUUCUUACUCAAUGGAGGAGAAGAAAGCCAGAGAAUAUCUACAAGUUAACCCACAGCAUUCCCAUCGAGCCACCGGGCUCAACGUUCCUCCUAAACCACGAAACGCCAUCCAUAGUUUCUACGAAGAGUUCGCGAUCAGAGGGAUACAAGUUGAUGCAUACCAACCUGGUUUCAUUUCUUGCACUCUCAUAGUUCCCCCUCAUCUUAUCGAUCGGAAUGGAUUUUUGGCAGUUGGAGCGAUUGCGAAUUUAGUAGAUAAGAUUGGGUCUGUCGUGUUGUUUGUAAAGGAUGUUUCGCUAAAUGUUUCUGUUGACAUGUCUAUUUCUUACCUUUCUACUGCCAAGCUCAAUGAUGAACUGGAGAUAACUGCAAAAGUUAUCGGCGAAAAAGGAGCUUACAACGGAGCUGUUGUUAUUUUGAAGAAUAAAGCAACCAGAGAAAUGAUUGCUGAAGGACGACAUUCGAUGUUUUGUUUGAAAAGAAGCAAGAUUUGAAAGCUUGUUGAUCUUCUGGUUUUAUAGGACUAGCUCAUUGUUGCUUCAAUGAACUUGCUUAUGGUGUUUGAUCCUUUAUUUGUUACAAAACUAAAAGGCUAUUUGACUACCUCCUUUAAUUAGUAAAUGUACAAAAUUGGAAAGAUAAAUGGCUGUUGUCUGAAA